CAAUGGUGGACAAUGCGAGAGAAUCGAGAAAGAGAAUCAAAAGAGAGUCAAGAGAAAGUCGAGUAUUAAGUCGAAGAAACAUUGACUGAGAAAAAUCCCAACUAUUUUUGGUUGUUAACCUGAAACCUGUAAUUCCAGUGUGAGAUAUGCAAUCCAGAUAACACAACCAUUAGCCAUUCAGACAAAUAAACUAAAAAAGAAAAUACAAAGUAGAAAUCUAGAAAGAGAAACGAAAAACGAAAAUUGAAAAUAAAAAAAGGGAAGACAAAGUAGGGGCAAAACACUUGAAACUGUGUGAACAUGAAAACAUAAAAGCUCUUACAAUCCCAGUGUCCGAUUCCAAAUCUAUUUAACUAUCCAUCUUGAACCUGUGUAUCUGUUCAUUCACCACCCAAUCCACCAACUGUCAAUUGCACCUGUAACUCACUACCCAUCUCCACACAGACUGCCAACGCAAGCAAACCGGCAAAGUUCAGCUAACUCACCAUACUCAGCAAUGUCAGCAAUGCCAGAUGAAAACCACACCCACUUUGGCAAUGCACAUCUCACAACCAACACAACCAUCAACAGCAACAAUGGCAGCAACAAUGGCAGCAACAAUGGCAGCAACACCGGCAGCAGUCUCUUUUGCUACAACAGCUAUGGGGAUAUGUGUGUGACGCUUGAGGGCUUGAGCAGAUUGUUGUCGCAGUUUCUCCCUGACUUCCUGCUGCUUUAUGGCCCAGUUUUGUUCACCUACUCGUUCAGCACUGGAAUCAGAGUGGUCAAAACCCCCAAUCUCUCAGACGACGACCUCCAGUGUCUCCAGACCAUCUACUCCAACACACCACUAUACUAUGCCCCAGACAACAGCAGCCACAGAGGCAACCGCAAGUGGAUUGGGUCUGAUUUGCAUUUUGUGCCAACAGCAGUGUACAACUGGGUAAAUCCCACUCGACCAGUGAUGGAGUUGGAUUCCCAGUCAGAAGGAGAGGAAGCAGACAAGGAAAAGCAAGAGCAAGAACAAGAGCAAGGGCAAGAGCACGACACAGGUUGCAGACAAAAGCUGAGCGAGACACACCAACACAAACAAGCACCAAGUGGUUGUGCAACGCCUUUGGGCACAAACAGAGAUCUCUGCGACACUCCACCCACAAACCACACCAGCCCUGCUACUUCUGUUGCUCCAAGCGACUUUGACGACGACCUGGUUUGGUGAUUCUCAAAUCUCCCAAAGUCUC